AUGAAACCACCAACCUUCUUUGCUGGUAUUGAACCCUUAAAGGCAGAAACAUGGCUACUAGAAAUGGAGAAGCUAUUUGAAGUGUUUCCGUGUUCCGAGACACAAAAAGUCCUUUUGGCCACCUACACUUUAAAAGAUGAAGCUCGAAGAUGGUGGUUGUUAAUCCGCAAUAAUAAUGGGGAUAUGACAUGGGCUCAAUUCAAUGAAAUAUUUUACAACAAUUACUUUUCCCAAUGCUUCAAAGAUCGAAAAGUGUCAGAAUUUCAAGAACUCAAACAAGGCAAGAUGUCUAUAGCCGAGUAUGAAGCUAAGUUCACUGAGUUGGCCAGAUUUGCUUCUCAUAUGGUCGACACAGAUUACAAAAAGGCUCAAAAAUUUGAAGGGGGAUUGGAUUUGGACGUAUUUGAUCGAGUAGGCAUGCUAAAGUUGCCUAUGUAUGUGGAAGUACUUGAUAGAGCAUUGAUGGCAGAGGUCAUUUUGGCAGCAAAGAAACAAGCUCUAGCUCAACCAAUUGAAUGA